AUGUCGUUUCCAUCCUCACACCACUCGAAUCCUGGACGUGAGGAAGAGGAUCACAAUCUCGACAUGUCCCAUCAUCAUAAUGUAAUCAUUCGUCAUCAUCACCAUCAACAACAAGAUAACGAACAUGUUGACCGCAAGUUGACGGAUCCAACAGACGAAGAAGAAUCUUCCAUCAUGAUGAUGAUCACUUCGGAAUCAGUCAAUGAUUUUGAUGAAAGCUCUCACAUGAUGACCACCACUCAUCAUCAUGAUAAUCACCACUCGACAACGAAGCACAUUCCAUCUCCGAUCGUUACAAAAUUUGGUGAUCAUCAAGAAGAAGCUCAUCAUCCCAUGAGAUCGGAAUCAACAACAAUUGCUGAACCAUUGCCAUCUCAUGAAACACGGCCGCAACAAUACUUCUCUUCAUCGACUUCUCCUCCAUUACUGGAAUCACAUUCCAACCACACGUCGCGGCAAGCAUGGGGUUCAAGAAUUUCAUUCAUUCUUGCAUCAUUGGGAGCUGCCAUAGGGUUUGGCUCAUUCGUUCGCUUUCCCUAUCUUGCUUACAAGAAUGGAGGAGGAGCCUUCUUAAUUCCAUACACCAUUAGUCUUGUAGCUCUAGGAAUACCGUUAUUAAUUCUGGAACUCAGUGUUGGACAAAUGUUGAGAAGGGCAGCAAUCAAAGCCAACGGAUUACUCAAUCAUAGAGCCAGAGGUAUUGGUAUUGCAGCUGUGAUUUUUGGUGGUUUCGGAAUUUGUUCAUACUACAGUGUUUUAAUUUCUUGGAUAUUUGUUUACUUUUAUCACAUGUGGGCUUGGACCUUACCGUGGAAAGGACGAGCAGAGGAAUAUUUCUUUGAGACCAUCAUUCGGAAAAGUCCAAGUGAUACCAUCGUAACGGAAAUGAAUGUACCCAUCCUGAUUUCAUUGUUGUUGGUUUGGAUAUUUGUUUAUUUUGGAGUUUGGAAAGGUACAAGUAGUACUGGAGUGAUUACGUAUUUGACCGUUCCAUUGCCUAUCAUUUUACUAUUGAUCAUGCUCAUUACAAGCUUCUUUUUAGAGGGCUCGUUUUCUGGAAUGUGGUACUUUAUCAAACCAGAUUUCUCCAAAUUGCUCAAUGUGGACAUUUGGCUUUCUGCAGCAGGUCAGAUAUUCUUUUCGCUGAGCUUGGCGAGUGGAACCAUGAUUGCCCUUUCAUCUUACAAUGAUCCAAAACAGAACAUUGUCAAAGAUGCAUGGAUUAUUGGAGUUUCUACGUAUUUAUUUAGUAUUUUCUCAGGUUUUUGCAUGUUUGCCAUUCUCGGAUAUAUGGCUCAUACGAAGGGUCUUCACGUGGAUGAGGUUGUGCAAGGAGGAUUAGCUUUAGCCUUUGUGGUGGUACCAGAAUCCAUCUCUCUCAUGCCUUUACCUCACUUGUUCUGUAUUUUGUUUUUAUUGUCCAUGUUUACAUUAUCAAUUGAUUCAUGUUUUGGUAUGAUUGAAGGAGUUAAUGGUACCAUCCAUGACGCAUUUCCCAAGUUAAAAAUGCAUUGGAUUUCUUUAGGAACGUGUGCUCUUGGAUUUCUCACUGGAAUUCCAUAUUGUUUGGACAAUGGCUAUUAUUUGAUGGACAUAGUCGAUCAUUAUAUCAGUGAUUUUUGUCUAGUUUUCACAGCCAUAGCACAAUGUGUAUUAAUUGGCUAUCUUAUUGCAAACGAGAGUUUAUGGAGUAAGGUGAAACAGCAAUGGAAAGCUUCCAGCUAUUCCUCUAUUGAAGAGACAUCCGUCGACUCUCCUGGAGGAUACGACACAAAUGAAAAUCCCAUCGCGCCUCCAACGAUUGACAGUUUGGACGCAUCUGCCGUUCGUACCGAACGAAAUCGACGAUUGAAAAACAAAUUGAGAAAAUAUUGGAAUAUAUUUUCGAUCAUUCUCUUUCAUAGUGUGGAUGAAUAUCGAGUGAAAAUUAAGGCGAUUUGUAAAUUGGGGCCAAACAGAGAUUGGAGUAUUUUAAUCAAAUUUGUGAAUCCUAUUAUUUUAUUGAUAUUAUUUAGCAUUCAACUUGUUAAGGAAUUUAUAACACCAUACUCCACAAAACCACAUGGAUCUACAGAAUUUGAUUGGCUCAGCUUGACCAUUGGACUUUGCAUCAUUGUGUUCUAUUUUGCAAUUACCAUUUUCUUUGCAAUUUUCCCUAAAUUGGCAAAACAGAAAUCUGAAAUUGAUGGAAACACGUGGCAAUUAGAGCUAGAGAGGCAUGAGAAGGAAGAUGCUGAGAAGGAAAAGGCCAAUCAAAUGUUGGAGGCACAACAGACACGUGACACAGAACAAACCGAGCCUAAGGAAGGGACUCUAGAUGUGAAUGGAAAUUCUACAGAGGAACGUUUCGAAGAUGUGGAAUUAUCCACUAGGUUGUAA